AUGGCAUUGAGAAGUGUGGGAAUCAAAUGGCGAGGAUGCCUUAGAUUGUAUUCAUCCGUCUCUGGUAGUGUUGAGGUUAAUGGUACAAAGUAUGCUGCUAACGCCGUCUACACGAAUAUAACGCCGUCAAUCGUGGAAUUGACUCAUCGUUCGCUACAUUUAAGUGAAUCACAUCCCGUGGGAAUUUUACGUGAGGCCAUCGAGAAGAAACUGAACUCAACUGAUGCUGCUUUUUCAGUUUACAAUCAAUUCAAACCAGUGGUUACAGUACAUGAGAAUUUUGACUCGUUAGGUUUUCCUCAAGAUCACCCAGGGAGAUCCAAAUCAGACACAUAUUAUGUUAAUGAAAAGCAUCUGCUUAGGACUCAUACCUCUGCGCAUGAGAUGGAGUGUUUUGGUAGAAUUGCAAAGGGUGAUAGCAGUAAAACAGGUUUUCUAAUAUCUGCAGAUGUCUACAGAAGAGAUGAGAUUGAUAGAACUCACUACCCUGUUUUCCACCAGAUGGAAGGCUGUCGCGUUUGGAAACGUCAGAAUCCUAGUGCUGAAGGCGAGGAACCAGCUCAUAUUGUACAAUUACGAGAAGACCUUGCUAAGCUAGAGAAACAAUUAGCCGAGCAAGCUACAAAAAUUGUGGUCGAAGAUGAUUGCACUUUAGAAGGGAAUCCCAAACAGGAGCAUAUGACUGAUUUGGAGGUCGAUUUAUGUUCACGACACUUAAAAAGAUCCAUUGAGUUGAUCAUGGCUGAGGUAUUCGAGAGAAAAUUGGAGAGUUUAAGAAAAUCGAAUACAGAUGUUUCGGAGAUUCCAAAUGUCUUGAAGGUUCGCUGGAUAAAGGCAUACUUUCCAUGGACUGCUCCAUCUUGGGAGAUCGAAGUGUGGUGGCAAGGCGAUUGGCUCGAGUUGUGUGGCUGUGGGCUUGCUCAAGAAGACGUCCUAAAAUUGGCUGGAUUCGAACCUGAGAGCCACAUUUCAUGGGCCUUUGGCCUCGGCCUUGACCGUAUUGCUAUGCUCUUAUUUGAGAUUCCUGAUAUCAGGUUAUUCUGGACAAAAGAUCAACGUUUUCAUGAGCAAUUUCAAAAAGGUGUAAUUAACACCUUCCAACCCUAUUCGAAAUAUCCAGGCACUCUAAGAGAUGUUGCAUUUUGGCUACCCGAAGAAUCAAGCCUGAAGGUCCACGAAAAUGAUGUAAUGGAGAUUGUCAGAAAUGUUGCCGGUGAUCUGGUUGAAAAUGUCAAGUUAGUUGAUGAAUUUGUUCACCCCAAAUCUGGGAGAAAGUCUCUUUGCUACAGAAUCAACUACCAAUCAAUGGACAGAAAUCUAACUAACAGUGAAGUAAACGAUUUACAAGACCAAGUUUCUCAAGAACUAGCUAAAAAAUACAACGUCCAAUUGAGAUAA